AACAAAGCAUGAAUUCUAGGAAAAAGACGAAUGCCCUGUUUCGUCCCUAAUGCUAUAAGUAGCCAUCUCAUCCUCCAGUUAGCUCUUACCUUCCUCCUAAAAGUCUCUUCUACAGAAGCAAAGAAAGUGAGGCGCAGCCAUGUCUAGUUCAUUUUUCAUUGUUGUGAUGACCUUGUUCAUCUUGGGAUGCCAAGGACAAUAUCCAACACGUCCCCCUUCUCCCCCUCGUCUUCCUCCGCGUCCACGGUUUCCGAGCUUGGGAGGUCCACUUCUCCCACGUCAACCAGCCAAUAGGCCCGGACCCCUCAGUAACAGAAACCUUGUUCUGUUCAUAACCCAAGAGCUCAAGAGGAACAUUACAUCUGACCCCCAAAACUAUACAGGCUCCUGGGUUGGCAGGAACUACUGCCUCUUCAAGGGGUUCUACUGUGAUACUGUGCCCGACAAGAACAUUACUGGGCUUGCCGGCAUUGAUUUCAACGGCGCCAGGUUUCGCGGUAACUUAAACUUUUAUCGCUUCAUCCGCUUUCUUCCUGACAUUGCCAUCUUUCAUGCAAAUUCCAAUAACUUCAGCGGCGUCAUUCGUCCAAAUAUCAACAAAUUGAGAUAUUUUUACGAGAUUGAUCUGAGCAAUAAUGGAUUCCAGGGAGGAUUCCCUGUUUCCGUUAUUGGUGCACUUCAAUUGACCUUCGUGGACGUUCGUUUCAACACCUACAAUGGCCCAGUUCCUCCUCGGGUAUUCAGUAUCCAAACUGAUGUUCUCUUCAUCAACAAUAAUAAUUUCGCCCAAAGAAUUCCUAGCGCAUUCGGCAACACCACUGCGCGCUAUAUUACCCUUGCCAACAACGGAUUCAUCGGUUCCAUCCCUCAGAGCAUUGGCCGAACUUGGCAAACCCUAACUGAGGUUCUCUUCUUGAAAAACCGCCUCUCCGGUUGCCUCCCAUAUGAAAUUGGGUUCUUGCAAAUGGCCACCGUUUUUGAUGUAGGGUUCAACACGUUGACGGGUCCUAUACCGCAAUCUUUUGCUUGCUUGAAGAAGCUGCAGCUGCUGAGCUUGGCGCACAACCAGUUCUACGGCAGAAUUCCAGACUCAUUAUGUCGGCUACCCAACGCAUACAAUUUUACUUUGUCAUAUAAUUACUUCAACUCCAUAGGUCCAUACUGCAAGAGGUUGGUGAACAUUGGGAGGCUCGAUGUGAGGAGGAACUGCAUUGCGGGUUUGCCGAAUCAAAGAUCUGCAAAGGAGUGUACGGCCUUCUACUCCGUAUCUAGGACAUGUCCGCGCCCGGGUUCCUUCAACGUAAUUACUUGUUCGAAUCCAGCUGCUUCAUUAAGUAGCGCCCAAGUUGCUUCACUACAAGCAAUGGCUCCGGCUCCCUCACCCGUCACCUACAAAGCCCUUGAGCCUCCCCGAUGAUCAACUGGCUUACGAGUCGAACUAUGUUGGUGAGCUCAUGCUAGAAUAAGGUCUUAUCUACCUGUACGUGUUUGCUUCUCUUAAUUUACUCCGCUCCUUGUUUGGCCAAUCCACUUUUCCUUUUUCCUUUUUUUUUUCCUUUUUUUUAUUUUUAUUUUUCUUUCUUUGGGUUCAUAUCUGUAUGAAUUGAUGCCAUCGUUAUUCCUAUGCAAAGGUUUUCUUCCAGUGUCGGUCAGCUCCUGUAUUUUGCUUUUAAAUGAAUUGGUAUUUCAAUCAA